AUGGCGUCUGCUGAUCUGAGAGAGGAACUAACCUGCUCUAUUUGCCUGAGCAUUUAUACAGAUCCUGUAACUCUCAGCUGUGGCCAUAACUUCUGCCUACACUGUAUUGAUAUUGUGCUGGGUACCCAGGAGGAUUCUGGGGUUUAUACCUGUCCUGAGUGCAGAAAGAAAUUAAGUUACAGACCUGAGAUGCAGAGAAAUGUGACACUGUGUAAUUUACUAAAUCAUUUACUCCCUAGUCAUCAAGAGACUGAUACUGGGAUCUUCUGCACUUACUGCAUUCACCCUGCCUUUAAAUCUUGUCUGCUGUGUGAGGCUUCUUUUUGUGAUUUCCACUUGAGAAGACACAGUGAGUCUGAUGAACACAUCUUAACUGAACCCACUACUUCAUGGGGUAACAGAAAAUGCUCAAUCCACAAGAAACUCCUGGAGUAUUACUGCACUGAAGAUGCUGCCUGUAUCUGUGUGUCCUGCUCCCUGGCCGGAGAGCACAGGGGACACCAGGUAGAAAUGCUAAAUGAGGCUUCUCAAAAGAAAAAGAAUAAACUGAGAAAUGUUCUGCAGAAACUGACCACAAAGAGAGAGAAGACGGAUAAAAGAGUCCAGCGUCUGCAGGAGCACAGGAGAGGGGUGCAAGAGAAAGCAGCUGGUAUAACAGAGCGGCUCACUGCCCUGAUUAGGGACAUCAGGAAACAGCUGGAAGACCUAGAGAAGCGAGUUCUGAGUGAAUUCACCCGGCAGCAGGAGCAGGUUUUACCUCCAAUCUCUGAUCUGAUCCAGCAGCUGGAAAAAGAGAAGGACGAGCUGACCAGGAAGAUUUGUCACAUUGAGGAGCUGUGCAACAUGACUGACCCAUUAACUGUCCUACAAGAACAGGAAUCACACAGAGAUGACUUUUGUGGUGCUGAGAAGGGAGAUAAUGAGGUCACACAGAGAGGUGAUAAACAGGUUCCUGCUGGGGGGGAUUUGGAUGAGGGUCUAAUCUCAGUGACCUUAUACAGAGGUUUAGCUGAUAUUGUUACUGAUGUAAAGAAAGGGCUCUAUGUGCAGGUGACAUCAGACAUAUUACUGGAUAUAAAUACAGCUAAUAAUAAUGUUAUUGUAUCAGGUGAUUGUAAAAGUGCAUCCUGGUCAAUAAUAAACCAGCAACGACCAGAAACAGCAGACAGAUUUACAGAUGCUCCUCAGGUAUUAAGCACCAGGAGCUUUUCCUCGGGACGACAUUACUGGGAAGUGCAGACCAGUGAAUCAGGGGACUGGAGUAUAGGGUUUUGUUAUCCUAGUAUGGAAAGGAGGAGCACUGUGUCUCAUAUAGGAAAUAUGUCCUGGAUACUGAGCAAUUGUUAUGCUGAGAAAUAUAAACAUGAUGAUAAUGACAUACCACAUAAAACCAUAUACACUUCAUUACAUCAGUCUCUAUCAUGUAACAGAGUAGGAAUACUGCUGGACUAUGAGGCUGGGCAAAUGUCCUUUUAUGAGCUGUGUGACCCAAUCAGACACUUACACACAUUCACUGGCACAUUCACAGAGCCUCUUCAUGCUGCAUUCUGGGUAUGUGGUGAUGGGGCCUGGGUGAAAAUCAUGAGCUAG